AAAAAAAAAAACACCACUCAAAAUCCUCCAAUCUUUUCGUUUCUCCUUCAAUAAAGAUUAAACAAAUCCGCGGGGCUCGCCAUCGCCAGCGUCAUGCCAAGCGCCACCAUUAACAAGCACCGGCCGAGCGAGCUCCUCUCGCGGUUGGCCUCCGCUGAGCCUGAGGUCAAGGUCGGGGCCCUUCGCGAGGUUAAAAACCAAAUAAUCGGGAAUCCUACAAAGAAGCUUUCCUUCCUCAAGCUCGGUGCCGUCCCCGCCGUCGCCGGCAUUCUAGCUGAUUCAAUCGACGAAGUCACCGAUUAUAACAACUGCGACAGCAAUAGUAAUAACAUUCUGGUCCAGUCAGCCGCGGCUCUCGGUAGCUUUGCUUGUGGCUUCGACGCCGGAGUUCAAGCAGUGCUUGACGCCGGCGCCUUCCCUAAUCUGUUGCGGCUUCUCGCAAGUCCUAAUGAGAAGGUGGUAGAUGCUAGUGCUCGUGCCCUUAGAAUGAUCUAUCAAUCAAAAUUGGCCCCAAAGUAUGAUUUCCUUCAACAGAAAAAUAUGGAGUUUCUUAUCUCACUACUAAAUAGAGAGAAGGAAAAUGUUAGUGGACUUGGUGCAUGCAUAAUAACUCACUCUUGCGAGACAAGUUUAGAACAGAAAGCAUUGUUUGAUGCUGGUAUUCUAAGGAAGUUGAAUAGUCUUCUUGAAGGUGGUUCUUUAAGUCAGAGAGAUGCUAGUUUAGAGUCUUUAGCCACAAUAUUUAGGAACAAUCCUGAAGUUAUUUCAAAAUUUGCUGGACCUGAAAUCGGAAGACCUUUUAGUUCUAUAAUUGAUUUAGCAAAGGAUAGGUACCCCCGAACUAGGUUGCUAGCUUGCCUGUGCUUGAUUGUUAUAAGGAAUGCCUCUCCCCACUUCUUGCAAGAUAUAGAGAUCAAAACUAAAAUAAUACAUAUUUUACUUGAGCUUCUUGACGACCCUGGUCAAGUUGGAGAUGAGGCUCCUUUUGCUUUCUCCAGUUUAAUUGCACAAAAGGAGGAUCUUCAAAAAUUGGCUCUUGAGGCUAAUGCUAUUGAUAAACUACAUCACCACUUACAAAAAGACUCAUUGCAUGCCAGACGUUAUGAGGGAAUUUUACUUGCACUAGCUGAUAUGUGCUCAAAGUUGGAGAGUUGCAGGUCUAAGCUCCUCUCAUUGCAGGUGUUGAAUUUGGUAGCAGAUGUGCUAACUGAUCAUAAUGCUGGUGUUCGCACUGCAGCUUGUGUAUGUUUGAAAAGUGUCACUCGAUCAAUCAAGAAUUUGAGUGCAGGUUAUUUUAUGAAUGAAAUGAUUGUGAUUCCAUUGGUUCAGCUUUUUCUUGACCCUUCGACUUCUGUCCAGGUAGCUGCACUUGGCGCCGUUAGCAACAUAGUGGUUGAUUUUACAACACGUAAGUCUAUUUUUGUACAAUGUGGAGGGAUGAAACAGCUGGUUCAGUUAGCAAAGUCUAUGGAAUCAGCUGUCAGGUCAAAUGCUUUGUGGGCUUUGAAGAAUUUUGUAUUCCAAGCAAACAAGAGGUUGAAAGAAGGUGUUUUCUCAGAGCUCACUGCAUCAUUGUUAUCAAGCCUCAUCUGUGAUCCAGAGCCUUCUGUACAAGAGCAAGCUUUGGGCCUUAUUCGUAAUCUAGUUGAUGGAUGUAUAAGCUUAAUUGAGUUCGUGUUUGCUGAAGAUGGCAUUAUAUUAGGGGCAAUUGUUAGACAGUUACAAUGUUCUUCAAAAUCUGAGAUAGGGAUACAGGGAAUGUAUGCACUGUGCAAUGUGGCGAGUGGGAAUGAGUUCCACAAGGAAGCAGUAAUCCAGCAACUCUUUACACAAACGGGUGACAAGAAUCAAUAUUUUGUGAUGAAGUUUUUGCAGAGCAAUGAUAGCCAGCUACGCACAGCAACUGUCUGGACAAUAGUGAAUCUUACUUGUCCAUCGAGUCCUGGUGCACCUGGCCGGCUUGAAAAACUGCGCACUGCUGGGAUAAUUUCUCAGAUAAAGAAUAUGGUUAACGAUCCAUGUGUUGACGUUAAGCUCCGCGUGAGAACAGCGCUAGGGCAAUCUAUGGCUUUUGGGGACAAUUAAGCAUGCCCAUGUUGAUUCAUUACUCAGAAUACAAAAAAAAGCAAAGAGAUUUUGAAGCAGUUAGUUUUGUUUUUUUCUGUAAGAUACUGUCAAGGCUUUCUCCUGUGGAUUGUAAGAAAAUGGCACGACUGAUUGCUUUCGGUUAUUGCUUGUUUCUCAGUUGAAAGCUGUUACCGGUCAGUUUUACAUUACAUAGGCAUUUUAGGGAUACAUACAUUUUGGGUUUGAUAAUUUCUGUAUGUAUCAAUUGAGCGUUGUACAUGUAAUAGUGUACCAUGAGAAGUAGAUAUAUUUCAUUUCAAAUUACUGUAUCACUUUCAUGAAGAAAGCUUUGUUGUUCUCUUUU